CGUACGCACAGCUUAAGUUAUCGGUGUCUGUCCGAUGAUUGACCGUGUUGGAAGUCGUCGCUAUAUGGCACAUUUCCAACACUUGCAGAGCUUGACUCUUGUAGGUGAUAUCGACAAUGGUGGAUCAUCAGCAACAGUGGGCUGGUUAUGGGCAUCUCUCACAGCAACAAAAACACUGUCGGGAAUUUGUACAGAAGCGCCAAGGACCCCAUACCGGCGCUCAACAAAAACAACGCUAUAUACAGAAUUGACUGUAGAGACUGCCCCAGUACCUACAUCGGGAUGACCACCAACAAGCUGCGCACUCGCAUGUAUGGCCACCAAACCCACGUCAACACUCUCGAAGCCAGAUUAGCAGAAGGUUACCAAUACACUGAUCCGGAAAUCCAGCAGCUGCAAGAGAAAUCGGCACUGAUGGACCACUGCAUCAACCACCAACACCGCUUCAACAUCCAACAACCCACCAUUGUCGAUAUCACCUACAAGAGUCAAGCUCUGCAAGUGUUGGAAAUGUGCCAUAUAGCGACGACUUCCAACACGGUCAAUCAUCGGACAGACACCGAUAACUUAAGCUGUGCGUACGCAAAUCUACUCUCGACGAUCAAAAACCGAAGAGAAGAGAGAAAUGCGUCGUCUACCACUAACCGAUAUCGACAAAAUACAAACGAUCUAACCACCCAACUAACACAAACAAAUCCGAUCACCCUGACACCGCCAACUAUUAACACCCCACAGUAAUCCCAUCCCGGCCAGCACGAACAGAAGUGUUCCCAAAGUACCAAGUGUUGUGACUCGAACUGUGUACCCACCCACCAUUUCAAUCGAGGUGCUAGGGUCCAAGUAUGAUCGAAUGUAAUUUGAACCCAUAUCUAGAAUAACCAAAUUUUCCAAUCGCAGUGAAACAAGUGCGGUGCAGAGAAGAAAACGACAUUCCGCCGUGUGAUCAACACGAAUUGAUAACAAGUUGAUUCACAUCGAGUGAGUAGUUACAUCGAUCAUAAAAACAGCAUAAUUGUACAACUCCCCCCCUCCUUUUCAAAAUAAAUAGGCCCUGAUGAAGAUCCCAACCACAGGAUCGAAACGUUGGCAAUGAUCUAAAAUAAUCAACGCUUUUCUGUGACUGAAAGC